AUGGCAUUUACACCUUCAGUUGGAGUGAUUGGCUGUGGAAGCCUUGGCACAGCAAUUUUGCAAGGUUUGCUCAGUGCGAAGGAACCAAAAGUGAGGCCAUCCAAGAUUCUAGCAUCAGUCACUUCUGAGGCUUCUGCGGCCAAGUUGCGAGAGGCACUACCUAGUGUUGAGGUGCACAAAGGUGAAAAUGAAGUUGUUGCGGCAUGUGACAUUGUUAUAUUGGCAUGUCCACCGAACCUGAUGUCGGAUGUGCUUGGUGGUUUAGACAAGGUGUUGCAAGGGAAACUGCUAAUCAGUGUGCUCGCUGGGGUGAGCACUGAAAGCAUCAAGAAGGUCGCUGGCGGAGCGUGGGUGGUCCGGUCCCUGCCCAACCUGGCUGCAGCCCAGCAAGCAUCUGCAACAGCCGUUGAGGACUUUGAUCAGGACAUGCCUGCGGAGAAAGUCGAUCUGGCCACAGCUGUGAUUGAGCAGUUUGGUGGGGUUGUGCUUCUUCCAGCUUCAAUCAUGGAUGCCAGUACAGUUGUUUGUGGAUCAACACCUGCGUUCAUUGCUCUUUUCCUCGAUGGACUCAUUGAUGGUGCGGUUGCUGCUGGUGUGCCUCGCAACAAGGCCAAUGCUAUGAUUGCGCAGGUCAUGGGAAGUACGACCGCGUUGCUUGGUGAGCAGAAAGCGUCGGAGCUGCGGGAGUCGGUUUGUGCGAUGCCGGGGUGUACUAUUCAGGGAAGUAUCGCGCUCGAGGAGGGUGGCGUGAGAGGAACAGCAGCAAAGACGAUGAAGAUGGCUAUCGAGGCGGCGAAGAAGUUGGGAUAG